AUGGAGAACUCGGACCAAGUUGGGAAUUUGUCCUCGACAGCUUUAGAUGCGCACAUGUUUGAUCUGGUGAGUCGUGAGAUAAAUGGGCGAAAACAUUUUCAAACAAGUUUCACGAAUAGAUUUUUGGAAUUUUUAGUUUUUGACACAAACACAAAGAGGAAUUUGGAAAAUGUUCAACUCACGAAAAAAAAAAGCGAAUAAUUAAGACACGUUACGAUGUCGUCUCCGACGUCUUGCCGCCUCCAAAUCAUGAAGACUUGCACGUAAUGAUCAUGGCCAUUGCCUACCUCUUUUUGUUUUUGCUCGGUAUACCAUGCUUUUUAUUGACGCUGGAAAAUGCAAAAAAUAGGUACAUGCGGGAACGUGGCCGUCCUGACGACAAUUUACCACAUUCUGCAAGCUCGUCGAGGUGGCACCGCCGCCGCCGUCGUCACUCUGGAUAAUACCCUACUCUACAUGGUCGUCUUGUCAUGCGUCGAUUUUGGCGUCUGCCUUUCGCUGCCCAUCACAGUUAUUGAUCAGAUUCUCGGAUUUUGGAUGUUUGGCGUGGCAGCGUGCAAACUUCAUGCCGUCUUCGAAAAUGUUGGCAAAAUAUUGAGCGCCCUCAUCCUGACGGCUAUGUCUUUUGACCGAUAUGCAGGUUCUAUAUGGAAAUUUUUCUUACAAAACCGAUAUUCUUAGGCGUUUGUCAUCCACAGAAAAAGUUCUUCCGAUCACGCACAGUGGCGGUCAUGAUUUUGGUGGGACUUGGAAUCUAUGCCGUCGGAACCUUGUGCCCACUCUUGUGGUCGUUCACCGCACGCGAAAUCGUGCUCUAUGCCAAGGAGACGGGUUGGUUGUUAUUUGCUUCUUGUCUCAAUUGCCCGCGCGCGUCAAAUGCCAAUUAUGCAGUGGGAUUUAGAAUAAUCCUCGUCUCACGACGUUUCUUCAGAAAAUGUUAUUCAUCAUUCAUUAAGGGCACCGGCGACUGACGCGAAUGAAAAUUGAAAAGUGUACCGUCGACAUUGACUCGUACACGUUUACGGCAUUUACCAUUUAUCAGGUCAGCCAGCCCGUUACAGGAAUUAAAACUCUUCUAGUUUGUCUUGUGCUACUGCACUCCUUUGGUACUCAUUGCCUACUUUUACACGAAACUUCUGUGCAAGCUCAAGGAGCACACGCGCUCUUUCAAGGCAAGUGGUUUUUGCUUCGCAAAAAUGACAAGCUUAGGGAUCACAAAUACCUUUUGCUCACAUCUCACUUUACACGAUGGCAGUCGCCUGUUUCCAUUUCAUUUGCUGGACUCCGUUUUGGGCUGCAACCGUUUUUGCCGUUUACUUGGAAAAUGUUGACAACAACAACAACACAACGACGGCGAAUGCUAGUGAGACGAACGUGACUGAAAAUGGCCAAGAAUCGGUGGUUCCACCGGCUUUCGUGUACGUCAUGUACUUCAUUCACGCUCUCCCAUUCACCAACUCCGCCAUAAACUGGAUCCUUUAUGGUGAGACUAGUGGGAUUUGAAAAAAAAUUUGUUUGAAAAAAAUUUUUGUUUGAGAAAAAUUAUCAACUAAUUGUAAGUUCGAUUUGAACUUUUGUCUCUCAAGGAGCCCUCAACGGACAGCUGCAACAACGGCCAAGGCGAGCAGGCACUUCAUCUUGCCACAACACGGGGAGUAGUACCACUUUGACAACCUGUAGUGCUUCAACUGGAACGUUCAAAAUGCAGUUGGUCAAGGCAAUUGUCGCCUCCGACAACGGGGCAAAUGAUGACCAGGUAAUUUGAUGUGACAAUAGAAAUAUACUAUUGUCAAUUCUUUUUUUGGUUUAACUAAAGACUUAUUUACAGCCGACGGAAACGACAAGAGCAAGAAGAAGAAUUCCUACUGAUGCUGCUCUCGAGCGCCAAGUUUUGGUUCGCGACUCGGCGGUUCAAGCCUGCGCCACUUGUCGCGGCGGCGGAGACUCACCAUGCCUCGGUAUUUUGGACGUUGAGACCUACGACACUUGGAAUGUGCAUUUCACGUACGAGAGCCCACCAACCUAUCUGUGAGAGAAAUGUACCAUUUUACUAUCCAUAUUUUUGUUUUUUUUUUUUUUAAAUAAAACUUUUUUUUUUAUAACUGAGCACAUUUAAACAUUGUUUUAAGAAGAAGGAGUCUCGUUAGGGUAUACACUCAUCUGACAAAAAAUUAAUCGAAUAGUUUUGAUUUUCGCUUGGCCUUGCAGUUGUCAGGCUUUGUGGGACGCGGUCAGUUCUGGUAUGGUCCGUCCGCCGCGAAUUGACAAUUUUCGAGUGUCUGAGUCUCUCUGUUAGGCGAGGUCACAGAAACGCUGAAAGAGAUUCUCAACAAGAUAGGGUCGCUUGAACAGCCUUCAAAAAAAAAAUCUCAUUAUAUUCCAAUACUACGAAACAAUCAAAAUAGCUUUUUGGCUGUUUGCCCUUAUGGUCUGAACUUUAAAUUCGGCGUAUACGUGAUCUAUCAGAUCGCGUGAGCCGAUCUCACGAGCUCUGCGUAGUGACUCAUUCCUAGCUGUUCAAAGCUUUUCGGUCGAAGCGACUGAUCAUCAGAUCGGUCGGGGUCCUGUCGGAGUUAGACAGGAUCCUGGUGAGAACCAGGAGAUCUCGUUCACCUGGUUCGAACCAAAAAUCGGAUCCAACAUAGAACCGAGAUCUGAGGCCCUGUGCUACACAACCCACAGGGACCGCGCUUAA